GUUCCCAACCCGAAACAUUUGUUGUGCACCACAUUCGAGCUGCGGUCACGAAAUCCCAGUGUAUCCCGGUGGUCUUAUUUGGAAAUGCAGUUAAAUCAAACCGGCACUCCUCCCGGAAGUGACCUAUUCACCUCAUUCAUUCUGAUCACUCAUGAACGAGGAGAGCUCCCGUUCAGCGCGUACGAUCGCCACAUACAGACCAGCCUGAUCCCCGGCUCAGACGUGUCUGUCUACUUUUCCAAAUCAAUCACAGCCCGUUUAAAUACGGCUCGCAAUCCGUGUCACGUGAGCCCGGAUAUAAGUUUACUCCAAUCCGGGUCGGAAUCAAGCCAGGCGAGUGGUGGUGCUUUAGACGGGGUGGAUGGAAAGCUGAACGCUUUCGGGAUGAUAGAGGAUACCGAAACAGUCCGUCCGGGGAACAAAGAUGCAUGGGAACUGGAUUUUCUCGAUCAACUUCGAAUGAAUCGAACAAUACGGACACAACCGCAUCUGAGCUCGACCAAUAUGGCCACAUUGAAAGGCAGCACUGUCAAACUGUUUGGCACCACUUUCUUCUACAGUCGCGAAUCCUGUGGAUGGGCUGAAUGCUCCCGAAAAGUACGUCAAGUGUGCAAUUGUUCUUCCGUGGUCGAAUUAUGGAGCUAUAAAAUGCGCGGGUGCGAACACGUGGAAGCAUGUGAACGUGCCGAAUGUCAAGUCAAACAGAUCUCCUACAAAACAUGUCCGCUGGCUUGUGUGGUGGCAAAAUUUGUUAAGCAUAACACAAUCACCGAGACCGGAUCGGAAGCGAAUCUGGCCCCCGGGGCAAUCCAAGUGAAACUGGUCCGAAGUGAAGCGGUCCAAGUGGCAACGGAGGAAGAAAUUUUCUCACUGGCCAAAUUAUUCUCCGAAGUCGGCGGUUUGUGCUCACUGUUCAUCGGUUUCAGUUGUAUCUUUCUAUUCGAACUGGUUGAGGCAAUCAUUCUGAUGUACAAAGAUGGAAAACCGCCAAACAGGGAACCGAGCGGAACCACUAACCUCGCGAAUGCCAGUACUGCACGCCUAGUUCUAUCCAAUCAUGAUAUUCGUUCGAGUAGUGGUGGUCACCGAAAACCCGUUCGAUCCGGGGAUAUGAGCAGUGUGGUGGAAAAUCCCGCAGCAGAAGCAGCAGCAGCAGCGGUUGAUGAUGAAUCUGCGGUAAAUACGGCAUCGUUUCUGCAUAGGAAUGGGAAAGCAGGUGGAACGACGACUGAGACUCAUGUGUGUACAGAAGAAGAACAAGAACAAGAAAAACAAUCGGCCAAUGGUCUCGGUUGUGAAUUUCCUCCAAUGAACGGAACGGGUCUGUCGAAUGUCAGAGAGACCAUCACAACUCGUCUUAAGCCGUAUCAGCCCACAUGGGAAGGGAAUGUGCUGAUUCUCCCGGUAUGUUUUUUACCGGGAGGAUUGUUAUCAANUAUCAAUACGUCACAGAUAUUUAUCCACAACCAGUAA